ACCAUUAAAAUCGAAUCUCUUCAAUGUGGACAUUGUAUUUGUAUUAUUGUAAUUAUUUCUGAAUAAAAAUAAAACAAAACAUUACACGGGAUGAUAGAUGUAGUAAUAACAAACGGCAAUUGCAUAGACACCGUUUAAACCACAGAACCGUCAAUGUUUUCCUCAUGAAACUCAAUUGUCUACUGUUGCAAAUAAUUUAAAAACAUUGGAAUUGUAAAAACACAUGUUUUCCAAAAAUAGGUCAGAAGAUAUGCAAGUUACAGAUAUUUGACGGCAAGCAAAAAUUAAACACCCCCAAAAAAAUAAAUAAUGGCAAAGGUUUUUCGAAGUCCAGUUCAGUUGCUUCAGAGGAAUGUUGUAGGUUUUAAGCGCUUCUUUGCAUCAGAGAAAAAAGGAUGCAAGGAAGUAAAGAAAAAAAGUUUAAUGACAGUGGAAGACAAAGUAGUGAUGAUCACUGGUGGCAGUUCAGGAAUAGGGCUAGCCAUUGCAAGAGAAAUGAUGGCUCAAAAAGCAAAAGGCGUUGUCAUCUGUGGAGUGAAUAAACAACAGGGGGAAGAAGCGGCCAGCUGUUUAAACGUGUGCGAAGAAGAAACGAAAGCCAAGUUUUUGGAAAUGGAUGUCAGGAUAUUGAAAACGUUUGAAAGUGUGAUGAAAAAAAUCAUCGACUGUUUUGGCUCCCUUGACAUAUUGGUGAACAAUGCGGGUAUAUUUGAAGAGGCAAAAUGGGAACAAACUGUCUCUGUAAAUAUUAACGGUACCGUUAACGGUGUGCUUCUUGCACACAGAUUUAUGGGGCAGAAUUCUGAUGGAGGUCUAGUGAUAAAUGUGGCCGACACUUAUGGUCUUGAACCGUUCCCUUACGCUCCGAUCUACUCUGCGACUAAAUAUGCCGUAAUCGGAUUGACAAAGGCAUUCGGUCACCCUGAUAUCUACGAAAAGACAAAAAUCCGUGUCGUGGCUCUUUGCCCUGCAGUCACACAGACCGACAUGUUAGAAAACAAACAACCGAUGCUGAAUAAAAAAUGGGAAGAUAAGGCGUACGAAACGCUGAAGAUGUCACCUCAGCAGCAUGCAAAAGCCGUAGGCAAGGCUGCAAAUCAUCUUAUCCAGUACGCUCAGACAGGGACGAUUUGGCCGGUCGAAUGUACUGUCCUACACAAAGUAACUUUUCCUAAUCGGAUAAGCUACUGCAACAAAGUUAUUGAACUUGGAUUUCCCGGCACUGAUUCUAGUACUGAUUGCCAAUAAAGUUCUUGUGUGUUCUAACGACGAUUUGAUAUAAAA